AUGGAGAGCAUCAGCGCCGCCCACCAAACCUUGGAGAAGAAAGCCAACCUCGACAGAACACUCACUGACGUCCAGGCACUCAUCGACCAGCUCCAACGAACCCGCGAUGCAGUCGCCGAAACUCCCGAGCUCACGGCGAUGCAUGUCGCAAAGCUCAAGCAGCCUGUGAAAGCCUCUUUCGAUAAGAUAGAGGAGAGUCUAAAGGAUGUAAACAAGGGCCUGAACCAGUACCAGAAGGCGCUGAAGGAGAAGUUCAAGAAUGCUCAACUACCAACUGCGUCCAACGAGGUGCUGGGCGGGGAGAAUGGGCUGGUCAACAGGGCUAUUGCGAUGCACCUAUUACGAGAAGGGAAGUUUGGGGUAGCCAGGACGUUUGUGCGGGAGGUCAACGAGUCGCAGGAGCAGCAGUAUCAACAGGACCGUGGGCUGAAUGGUAAUCCUGCGGCCAACGAUGGCUGGAUACAGGAAUUUGCGGACACGGAUGCUAUGAUUAUGGAGAUGGAGAGCGAGGGAAAGCUGGAGCUCAGAGAGGACGGGGAAGUGCUGGAUGGGAAGGGUCACCUGCAGAAGAAGUUCACGGAGAUGUACCACAUACUGGAGGCUCUACGAAGUCAACACAACUUGAGUCCCGCAAUAGCAUGGGCGAGGGAGAACAGUACGGAGCUGGAGAAUCGUGGAUCGAACCUGGAGUUUGAGCUGUCACGACUGAAGUUCGUCGAGCUAUACACAUCAUCCGAAGAGACAAUGUCGGAAGACAGUAUGACCGGUCCUCUUCGCGCUCUCGAAUACGCUCAAGCAGUAUUUCCAACAUUUAGCGGCCGCUACUCAAGAGAAAUGUCCAAUCUGCUCGGUUCUCUCGCAUAUUCUUCUGGCCUGGACGAGAGCCCGUACAAGACGCUCUUCUUCAACCAACAUCCAUGGGAAGAUGUGGCCACCUCUUUCACCCGAGAGUUCUGCUCCAUGCUCGGCCUCAGCUCGACAUCACCGCUCUACACCGCUGUUACCGCUGGCGGUAUCGCACUACCCAUACUGGAGAAGGUGGAGCGUGUGAUGGCGGCCUCGCGAGGCCAGUGGACGUCGGUGAACGAGUUGCCUGUCGAGACACCUCUGCCGCCGGAAAUGCUGUUCCACAGUAUCUUCGUCUGUCCCGUCUCGAAGGAACAAGCGACAGAUGACAAUCCGCCGAUGAUGCUGCCAUGCGGACACGUCAUUGCAGAGCAGAGUCUUCACAUGCAUUCAAGAGGGAAGAACAGGAUGAAGUGUCCAUACUGUCCGAACGAAAGCGAUCCGAAGAUGGCUCGGAGGGUGUAUAUUUGA